AUGAUCGACAAAAAGGUGGUCGGCAUGAAUUGGAUUGAGAUCCCGGCCGGAAAAUACAACCUCAUUACCGAGGGGAAGCGUUCCCAUUGCCAGAUAGAGCUCAGCGUUCAUACUGACAAGAUGAAGUCGCAUCCCGCGGACGGAGAAUGGUCGAAGAUCGCACCGUUGCGCAUCCUGAGUUUCGAUAUUGAGUGCGCGGGACGCAAGGGCAUAUUCCCUGAACCAAACAUCGACCCCGUCAUCCAGAUCGCGAACAUGGUGACUCGCCAAGGCGAGAGUAAGCCGUUCAUCCGCAACGUGUUCACGCUCAACACCUGUGCGCACAUCGUUGGGUCCCAGGUGCUGUCAUUCGACGACGAAGCGAAGAUGCUGGAGGCGUGGCGGGACUUUGUCGAGCAGGCCGACCCGGACGUCGUCAUUGGGUACAACAUCUCCAACUUCGACUUGCCAUAUCUCAUCGACCGCGCCAAAGCUGUGAAAGCACAGAAACUGCCUCUCCUCGGCCGGAUUUGCGGCGCGAAGGCGCAGACGAAGGAUACACACUUCUCGUCGCGCGCGUUUGGGCAGCGCGACUCGAAGGAGACGGCUCUCGACGGGCGGCUGCAGGUCGACAUCCUGCAGUACAUGCAGCGCGAGCACAAGCUGCGCAGUUACACGCUCAACUCGGUCUGCGCGCAGUUCCUUGGCGAGCAGAAGGAGGACGUGCACCACUCUGUCAUUACGGAGCUCCAAAACGGCACGCCCGAGUCCCGCCGGCGUCUCGCGGUGUACUGUCUCAAGGACGCGUAUCUGCCGCAGCGGCUGAUGGACAAGCUCAUGUGCUUCAUUAACUACACCGAGAUGGCGAGGGUGACGGGCGUUCCGUUUAAUUACCUCCUCUCGCGCGGGCAGUCUAUCAAAGUGCUCUCACAGCUGUUCCGCAAGGCUAAUGAGGUGGGCUAUGUCGUCCCCUCGCUCAAGGGCGAAGGAACGGACGAGGCGUACGAGGGCGCGACCGUCAUCGAGCCGAAGAAGGGGUACUACGACGUCCCGAUCGCGACGCUCGACUUCAGCUCGCUGUACCCCUCUAUCAUGAUGGCGCACAACCUGUGCUAUACGACGCUGCUCAGCAAGGGGGCGAUCGAGCGGCUCGGCCUCGUGAAGGACCGGGAUUAUAUCCAGACGCCAAACAACGACUUCUUCGUGACCUCGAUCAAGCGGAAGGGCCUCUUGCCGACGAUCCUCGAGGACCUCAUAGCGGCGCGCAAGCGCGCGAAGGCAGACCUGAAGAAGGAGACCGACCCAUUCAAGCGUGCGGUGCUCGAUGGCCGGCAGCUCGCCCUGAAGAUCAGCGCGAACUCAGUGUACGGCUUCACCGGCGCGACAAUUGGGAAGUUGCCUUGCCUUCCGAUCUCGUCGAGCGUCACGGCGUAUGGGCGGCAGAUGAUCGAGAAGACGAAGCAGGAGGUGGAGGCGGAGUACUGUGUUGCGAAUGGGCAUUCGCAUGACGCGCAGGUCAUCUAUGGUGAUACCGAUUCGGUCAUGGUAAAGUUUGGACCCACAGACCUCCCGACUGUCAUGGCACUUGGGAGCCAGGCAGCGGACUUCGUGACCGCAAAGUUCGUGAAGCCGAUCAAGCUCGAGUUCGAGAAGGUGUAUUUCCCGUACCUGCUCAUUAGCAAGAAGCGCUACGCCGGUUUGUACUGGACGCGCCCAGAGAAGUACGACAAGAUGGACACCAAGGGUAUCGAGACCGUGCGGCGGGAUAAUUGCCGCCUAGUGUCGACUGUCAUCUCGACUUGCCUCCACAAGAUGUUGAUCAACCGCGACGUGAAGGGUGCAGAAGACUAUGCGAAGCAGAUUAUUUCUGACCUCCUGCAGAAUAGGGUGGAUAUGUCGCAAUUGGUGAUUACGAAAGCGUUGGCGAAGACUGAUUACGCGGGGAAGCAAGCUCACGUAGAGCUGGCGGAACGGAUGAAACAGCGCGAUGCUGGAUCUGCUCCUGCUCUCGGUGAUCGUGUAGCGUAUGUCAUCAUCAAGGGUGUAAAAGGCGCUGCGGCAUAUGAAAAGUCGGAGGAUCCAAUUUACGUCCUGGAGAAUAACAUCCCUAUUGACACAAAAUACUAUCUCGAAAAUCAACUUUCGAAUCCACUCAUGCGGAUUUUCGAGCCCAUUCUGGGCGAGAAGGCCUCUUCCUUGCUAUCUGGCGAUCACACGAGAACAAUACAGAUCGCGACGCCUACGGUGGGCGGCUUGAUGAAGUUCGCAGUGAAGACGGUCACCUGCCUCGGAUGCAAGACACCCCUGCGGGCAAACAAUAGCAUGAAAAAUGGUGCUGUGUGCCACAAUUGCCGGCCAAAGCUAGGUGAACUGUUCCAAAAGCAGGUGUCGACAGCGUCUGAGCUGCAAAUCCGGUUCUCGCGCCUGUGGACGCAAUGUCAACGGUGCCAAGGUUCCUUGCAUCAGGACGUGCUCUGUACAAGUAAAGACUGCCCGAUCUUCUAUAUGAGAAAGAAAGCACAGAAGGAUGUUGAGGACGCGAAUGCGGUCCUGGAGCGUUUCGAUCACGAAGCGUGGUAG